GUGCUGAGAAUCACAUUAUAAUGCUGCCCGGCUCCUUUUCGUAUGUAAUCAUGUUUAUGCAACCAAUUCAGGCAUAGUGAGCCACAUAAGAGAGGACAAUACGAUUUACAUUCUCAGCUUGGAGGUCUUCCCCGUCAUUUUACGCUUGACAAUGUCAGAGGGGAAGAUCACACGACCACGGGUUGAUUCCCACUUCAAGGUCAAACUGGAUGAUGCAGAGAACCGCAUCAGAAGACUAGAGGAUGAUAAGGACUAUGAUGAUGGUGUCAGUAAAGACACUCUAGCGGUAACAGCUAAGACGAAGCUCAGACUACCAACGACUACUACUCCCAUCGUUCCAUCUCUUAGCUGGUCAAGUUCUUAUGAACUUCAUGGAAAGGUGGAAGAUUAUCAACAAUUUAGUAAGAAAGGGUAUAUUUACGGUCGCUAUGGCAACCAUUCCUGUGACAAUGCUGCCCAUGCAAUCAACAAACUUGAAGGAGGAAUAGGAGCUCUUGUUUUCUCAACUGGUAUGUCUGCUAUCACCACCACAGUACUUGCUCUUAUCAAGACGGGAGAUCACGUGAUAGCCCCCGAUCCAGUGUUUGGAGGAACCUAUAAAUUCUUUAAUUCCAUGCUGAAGGAUUUUGGUGUUGAAACAACCUUUGUACCGGCUGGGGAUAUUGACGCUUACAAAAAUGCAAUAAGGUCGAACACAAAGCUCUUCUACGCUGAGACCCCUACCAAUCCUACUUUAAACCUGACCGAUUUAAAAGCGUUUGCAGAUGUUGCCAAGUCUGUUCCGGGGGCUAUCAGCAUGUGUGACUCAACAUUCGCCACACCAUAUCUACAAGACACACUUGGUCUUGGUGUUGAUAUCUCAUUUCAAAGCUGUUCGAAAUAUUUAGGAGGACAUGGAGACUUGUUAGGAGGAUCAAUGUGCACAAAGGAUCCCGAAUUAUUUUUGUUUUUAUCAGAAUACCAGAAGCAAAUUGGUAAUACAAUGGGUCCUUUCACAGCGUCCAUCUUGCUUCGAGGAAUCCGAACCCUACCACUUAGAAUGGAGAAACAUUGUAGCAACGCUUUCAAGAUAGCACGAUAUCUAGAAACACAUCCCAAGGUUUCUCGUGUUAGAUAUCCCGGUCUUGAAUCAUAUCCCCAGCACGACGUAGCAAAAUCACAAAUGAAGAAAGGAUAUGGUGGUAUGGUCAACUUUGAGAUGAAAGGGGGAUUAGCAGCGGGGAAAAUCGUCAUGGAGAACAUCAAACUGAUUUUAAUGGCUACAUCAUUGGGAGGAACAGAAAGCUUAAUGGAGCAUCCUGCAUCGAUGACACACGGUCCUGAGGUCAUGUCAAAGGAGGAAAGGGAAGCAGGUGGUAUCUCAGAUGGAAUGAUUCGACUCAGGUUAGGAAAAAAAAUAUUUUUUUUUUCGCGAUCUCCGUUAACGAAAUAUACGUACUUUAUUUACUUUACUUUCAAUUUUCUUGCAUUCAACACAAGAUGGCGCUAUACCGUUUAUUUCAGAGUUAUCAAUAUAUAUUAGCAUGUUCGUCGGAGCAUAGACCUAUAGGUCUAUGGUCGGAGAGUAACACGUAUCGCGGGUUCGCCUCCUCUCUCCCAUUAUGUAACGUGGAUAUUUGAAGUUGAAAAAAUAUCGGUAACUACGAAAAUGUCGAGCGGUCAUCGAGGGAAACAAGGCGGGAAACGCCCUCGACCAUCUACCGGCUCUAGUCCCGAAGGACCUGCUCUCUUGCCUGCCAUUAAGAAUAUGUUAGCAGAGGAGAUAGGAAAGGUACUAGAAAGAAUUCAAGUUUUGGAACUUAACUUUGGAGCCAAAAUAAAGAAAUUUGAAGAAAAACUUAACGAUGUUGUGAAUUCGGUCACUUUUAAUGGACAAAAUAUUUCAGAACUUCAGCAGAAAAUAGAGGAGGAUAAGGAAAUAGUCAACCAGGAAAUUGACAGUCUCAAGUCAUACAUUAAUCGAGAAAAUUUACUUUUUCACGGAAUAGUAGAAGGUAAUCAACAGGAAGAUGUGGAGAACCUUUUACGGGACUUUUUUGUGGAGCAUCUUAGAUUUGAUAGAGCGAUUGCAGAUAGGAUUGAAUUUCAAAGAGCCCAUCGGAUCAACUCUGCCAGAAGACCGCGCCCCAUCAUUGCAAGAUUUUUAAGAUAUAAAGAUCGCGCUGCUGUGUUUCUAAGGGCGAAGAAUUUGAAAGGUUCACGCAUGUUUAUUACAGAGGAUCUCCCACUGCGAAUAAGAGAACGUCGAAGAGCUCAAUUGCCAGCCUUAAAGGCAGCCCGGUCUUCAGGUAAGAUGGCUUAUUUCUCCCGAAGCGAACCUUGGAAAUUGUAUAUCGAUCGAGUUUACGUGCCACGGGAGAGACAACAAGUGUUCAUUCGGCAACUUCCUACAGAGACACAUCCCGGUAACCCAGGAAUACGUCUUCAGGUAGCUACUGGUGCAGAGCCCAAUCUCCCUGAAUAAGCAACUGGCGCUAUGAGAAUACAACGAGAAAAGCUUGGAUAAGUAUCAGUUAUGUUUACAUUCGCUUACACUAAGCAUUUAAUUUUCUAGACUACGGAGUUAAAGAGGUUUUCACAAAGUGAGACCCUUCUAAACACCAUUUAAACUGUUUAACUGUGAUAAGAAUUUGGUUUGAUGAAUAUUUCACAACAAAAUGCGAGUCAACUAAAAGCAAAAUUGUAUAUUAUUUCUGAAAGAUGCAAUGAGGAUGAUUGAAGAAUAUUCAUAUUCAAACCAAAAAGGAAGAGAAAUGCAGGACAAAGAAGACAGGAAAAUAUAACAGCAAUAACUAAAGCGUGGUGUGAGAAAAGAUAUUGCGUACUCUUAUCAACUGAGAACACUGCGUGAUGGAGAAUGAGUUUAAUACUU